AUGUAUGAAAAUGAUAACGAUGAAGAUAAUAACAACCCAAGUUCAAGUUCAAGAGCAGGUAAUCAAAAUCAACAUAAAAACGAAGAAAAUGGUAAUGAUGGUGAAGAUUAUAGUUCAUUACCAAUGGAGAAGAAUCCAAGUGUAAGAAGUGGUUAUACCAGUAUAUUUUGGAGAACAGAAAAUGAUAUAUUAUUCAAAGGAUAUAUUGUACAAUUUUCAAAAGAUUUGGCAAUAGAAAAUAUGUAUAAUACAUUGUUAAGAAAUGACAGAAAGAAAUUUGAUAAUAAGGAUAAAAAACAAGUAAUAAAAAGUUUAAAUCAUAGAUACGAUCAAAUAAUUACCAGAAAUAACUUAGAUAUAUUAGGAAAAUCAAUUGGUGGUACUCCAACCAAUACCGACAAGUGUGAAGGUAUCCUUGAUAAAGAUAUUGCAUCAAAGAAAGAACAAAUUUCUAAUUAUCAAUUAGUCCUCGCCAAGUUAGAAAAACAAAUUGGAGUUUCCAAAGAUAUUGUUAAUCAAUUAGACAAAAAAAUACAAGAAAAAAAUUCUAGUUUAAGUUCAAGUUCAAGUUCAAGUUCAGAAAUGAAAAUUUUUUUCAUCUGUACAGAUAUUGUUUCCUAUGCAAAGGGUGGUCCAGUAUCAACAUGUCAUACCACCAGAUAUAAAAACAAUGAAAGUUUCUUAGAUCAAAGUAAUUUAUUAUUACUUGACCACUACAAUGCAUAUGAAGGUCUUUGUGCAUUAACAUUUGUAUCAUACAUUUAA